UUAAUUAAGUAAAUUACAAUUCAACUAUGAUCUGUUUUUUAAUUCUUGCAUUCAAUCUGUUUCCGGAGUUCAUAUUUUGUGCAUAUUCUUCAUCUAACAUGUAAAUUUUUCGAUCAUACGGUCGUACCAGAGAGUGCAUACCCUGCUUUAAAGAAAGACAUAAUAGGAGGGGGUUCAAUUGAGAGAGUUCAAAGACUACGUCAUGGGAGAUCAAGAGCCCAAGAAGCAGGCUAAUGAGCUUGAAGCUUCCUUUGCGCCCACAACAACGCCACCACCACCAGAACCAGAAGCCCCCGGCGUCAUUGAGAAUAAAGAAGGAGCUCUAAACCAUGUCGUUGAAGACAAGACCGUGAUCCCAAUUUCUGAUGAGAAGGCAUCUCCUCCUCCUCCUCCUCCACCUGCUGCAGCUGUCAAAGAGAGUGCAUACCCUGCUGUAAAGAAAGACAUAAUAGGAGGGGGUUCAACUGAGAGAGAUGCUUUGUAUGCACAAAUUGAAACAAAGAAACGGUUGGCCCUAAUUAAAGCAUGGGAGGAAAGUGAGAAGACAAAAGCAGAGAACAAGGCAUAUAGAAGAAUGUCAACAUUAGAAUUGUGGGAAGACAGCAAGAAAACUUCUGUGGAGGCAGAACUCAAAAAAAUUGAGGAAAAAUUUGAAAGAAAGAAGGCAGAGUAUGCUGAGAAAAUGAAGAACCAAGUGGCUGAAAUUCACAAGGCAGGAGACCAAAGGAGAGCUUUCAUUGAAGCCAAACAGAGAGAGCAAUGCCUCAGGGUGGAGGAGACAGCUGCAAAGUUUCGUUCUACUGGAAUUACACCAAAGAAAUUGCUACUUGGGUGCUUCAUCUGCCAGCAUUCUGCAGUUAGGUAAUUAACCAUAAAAAAUAA